CAGCAUUGAAUUCAACAAUUGCAACCGUGGUCAGGUGUUUGGGAGAAAAUCGGCUCCAGGCCAUACUGUUGAACCACCUGAGGUGGCACUCCAGCUCUCUAUCGAGCGCCACACGUGAAUACAUCAGUUCCUCGUGAGCUUGAUUCGGUUUCUCCAACAGAUUCAUUUCAUCUCGGAGCGUUUACGAUCAAUUAAAUCCCGGGUUUCUCAUUUCUACAUCCUUCAGUAAAGCAAAUUGUUUCAGGCACUUUCCAUGUCGAACAAGCGAUCGCGUGACGAAGCCGGCAUGGAUUCAACAUCUGACGGCCCAUUCCAGUCCAUGUUCGAGACAUUCAGAGUCGAACUAGACGAGCACCAUGCGCGCCGAGAACGAGUGAUUAAAGCUUCCAGAGAUGUUACUGCAGCGAGUAAGAAGAUUAUAUUCUCAUUACAAAGAACACGGGAAUUGGACCAACCGAUCUCUCCCCCAAUCAAGAAGACCAUUGACCCGCACCUGGACAAUAUCAAGGCCCAAUACAAUGGUAUCUGUUCAGACCUCCAAGGACUCAAUGCCUAUCGAUAUCAAUCAAAUAUAUCAGGAGGCCAUCAGGAGUUUAUGGAGGCAUUAUCCUUCCAAUACUAUCUCGAGAACCAAGCUUUGAUCCCUUAUGAAACGGCGGUGUCCAGCCUCAACUCCUUGGUCGAAGGGGCAAACAAGAUCACAUUAACCGUCGACGACUACAUCCUGGGCAUAUUCGAUAUGGUCGGCGAAUUGAUGAGAUUCUGUAUUACGGCAAUGGCAUCGACAGGAAAACUUCCAGCCCGAUCAAAACCUCGACGAUCGACUAGCAAGAACACGCUGCAGCAUUCCGAUCGGAUGGAUGUAGACGAUGGUGCCGGAGAUGAUGUCGGAGAUAAUGAGCAGGAAGGGAAUGUCCUCUCGGACCUCCGACAGCUCCGAGUCGCUCUAGAGGCACUAGAUGUUCCGAGGAAGUCGUGGCUCGAGAACCAGGUUCGAAAGAAGAUGGGAGUGAUGCAAACAUGUGUGGAGAAGGUCGAGAAGUCCUUGUACGGGCUCGUUGUGAGGGGAGCAGAAAGGCCUACAGGAUGGAUGCCAGACAUCAAUGAGGCCGAAAGGUUGGAGAAUCGAGGUUAAGCCCUAUCAUGUUUCGAGAUUAUUCUUCCAGCCUUUCAGCAGAUGCUGCUGAACUCUGAAUGAGGAUGAUGGUGCGCAUAGCCGCAAUGGUAUGGACCACUACAGGUCUUGGUACGGGAAACAAGGCUGUGGGAUCUUGCAAUGGGAAAGACACUCUGAAUAGGUAACAUUCUUAUUUCUUGCAGCCUGGCCGCCUGGGUACUUUGUGUAUAAAUAUCAAGGAUAUAUGAUCGAUUAAGUCGGAC